AUGUCCACCACAACUACCCUCACGUCGACGCUCCAGACGACGCAGCUGCAGCUGCGUACCGCGUACGGGCCAGUCUAUCGUACCGUAUCCACUGCACCUCCGAGAGACUGUACGCCCGACGAAGUGCCGAUCAUUGAUCUGACGGGCAUAUACGGCGACCUUGACGAGCGUCUACGGGUCGCUGCGCAGGUUUGCAAGGCUGCGCAGGAUAUUGGCUUCUUCUACAUCAGAAAUCAUGGCAUCGAAGAGGAUAUCAUAGAGCGUGCAAGGAAACAACUCGUAAAAUUCUUCGAGCAGCCACUAGAAGCAAAGGAGUUAGUGAGUGGACAGAGGUCGAAGUAUUUCAACGGCUACGUACCUUCUGGAGUGAGCCAUGCUAGUCCCCUUGAAAGUAAAGAUGAUAGAGAAUCGUUCAGCUGGCGGUACUCUCCAGAAUACGAUCCGGAACCCAAGGACCUCAACGCUAUCCCACCAGAAGUAAACGCCUAUGUCCGGGGCGAGGAAUUCGUGUGGGAAGGCACCACCCAUAUGCCGGAUUUCAAAGAAGACGUGCUUCGUUACUGGCAAGCGUGCUUGACGCUGUCCCGACGCCUCGUCAGGAUUUUCGCGCUAGCCCUCGAUCUCCCAGAGGACUACUUCGAUAAGGUGACGACCUAUCCGGGCGCCGACGGUGUCUUCAAUUUCUACCGCGGCCUGACGCCUGAGGCAAUUGAAGCGACCAAGGACCAGGUCGGCAUCGGCUCGCACACGGACUUGCAGUGCUUCACGCUGCUGUGGCAGGACAUGAACGGAGGGUUGCAGGUCUUGAAGGGGCGAGAAUGGUUGAAGGUACCCCCGAUUGAGGGAACUUUCGUGGUCAAUAUUGGAGAUUACCUGAUGCGUCUCACGAACGACCGAUUUUUGUCCACCGUUCAUCGAGCAUCCAACCACUCUGAGCACGACAGGGUUUCCAUGCCAUUUUUCUUUGGCUUCAAUUUCAACGAGACUUGCAGCGUUCUCCCCACCUGCGUCACUGAGAGCAGCCCCGCGAAAUACGAGCCUAUUACCUGUGGAGAUUGGUGUCAACUCCGUUUCCAACAGUAA